ACGUGUGUCGAUAUCCUGUUUCCUGUUUGAACGAUGUGUUUGAAUCUUUUUGUUUCAAUGACUCCGGAGGUUCUGUUGUGGAACUUCGCUGCAGUUUGUUCAGUUUUAGUUUGUGAACUUUUGUUUUCAGGAAGUUAAACCUUCCUGAUUCAUUAUCGUUCUAUUUUAUAUUUCUCCUGUUUUCUCUUCUAUUCGUUUCUACUGUUUUGUUUUAUUCUGUUAAUUGGCUCCAACGGGGUAGUCAUGACAACACGCCUCUCCUCUUCCGGCCCCUGGAUUGGAGACAGGGAAAUCCCUCAUGGGAAGACAAAAUUCUUCCUGCCCGUUCAACCAAUCAGCGCCGGCCCUGCAGCCACAGCAGCCAAUCAGAAGCGCGGACGGUGCCAUGUAAUCCCGCCUGCAGGGGUCGCUGCGGAGCGCGGGGCCCUCGGAGCGUCAGUCCGCCUGAAGAGCGUCUCGGUCCGGCUUCACUCCUCCGCCUCCUCCGCUUCACCUCCACCGACAACCAGCAGCCAACAUGCGGGAGAUCGUGCACAUCCAGGCGGGUCAGUGCGGGAACCAGAUCGGUGCAAAGUUCUGGGAAGUGAUCAGUGACGAGCACGGCAUCGACCCAACGGGAACGUACCAUGGGGACAGCGACUUACAGCUGGACAGGAUCAGUGUGUAUUACAACGAAGCCACUGGUGGGAAGUACGUGCCCAGAGCCAUCCUGGUCGACCUGGAACCCGGCACCAUGGACUCAGUCCGAUCUGGACCCUUUGGGCAGAUCUUCAGACCUGACAACUUUGUCUUUGGUCAAAGUGGAGCAGGAAACAACUGGGCCAAAGGUCACUACACAGAGGGGGCGGAGCUGGUGGACUCGGUCCUGGACGUGGUGAGGAAGGAGGCUGAGAGCUGCGAGUGUCUGCAGGGCUUCCAGCUCACGCACUCCCUGGGCGGAGGCACCGGCUCCGGCAUGGGGACGCUGCUCAUCAGCAAGAUCAGAGAGGAGUACCCCGACCGCAUCAUGAACACCUUCAGUGUGGUGCCCUCUCCCAAGGUGUCGGAUACAGUGGUUGAGCCGUACAACGCCACACUGUCUGUCCACCAGCUGGUUGAAAACACAGACGAGACCUACUGCAUUGACAACGAGGCCCUGUACGACAUCUGCUUCCGUACUCUCAAGCUCACCACGCCCACUUACGGUGACCUCAACCACCUGGUUUCUGCCACCAUGAGCGGUGUGACCACCUGCCUGCGUUUCCCCGGGCAGCUUAACGCAGAUCUGAGGAAACUGGCUGUAAACAUGGUGCCCUUCCCUCGUCUCCACUUCUUCAUGCCUGGCUUUGCCCCUCUGACCAGCCGAGGGAGCCAGCAGUACCGCGCCCUGACGGUGCCCGAGCUAACUCAGCAGGUGUUUGAUGCCAAAAACAUGAUGGCGGCCUGUGACCCUCGCCACGGGCGCUACCUGACGGUGGCUGCCGUGUUCCGUGGCCGCAUGUCCAUGAAGGAGGUGGAUGAGCAGAUGCUGAACGUCCAAAACAAGAACAGCAGCUACUUUGUGGAGUGGAUCCCCAACAACGUCAAGACGGCCGUCUGCGACAUCCCGCCGCGCGGCCUCAAGAUGGCCGUCACCUUCAUUGGCAACAGCACGGCCAUCCAGGAGCUGUUUAAGCGCAUCUCUGAGCAGUUCACCGCCAUGUUCCGCCGCAAGGCCUUCCUCCACUGGUACACCGGCGAGGGCAUGGACGAGAUGGAGUUCACAGAGGCGGAGAGCAACAUGAAUGACCUGGUGUCCGAGUACCAGCAGUACCAGGACGCCACAGCCGAGGAGGAGGGCGAGUUUGAAGAGCAGCAGGAAGAGGACGCCUAAAAACGACAGAAGAGGAAGUUCAUAACCAAAAUGAAAAAAACAAACAUUGAAUGAAAUGAAAAAGAACAGAUUUGUACGAAUAGUUAGAGAAUCUGGUUGAUGGAGGAAAAAUUAUGUGACCAAAUUAAUGUGCCACAGUUUAUUUGGUUAAAUUACUGAUUUGAAGGAAAUAUUGCUCUUAAUUUAAUUGAAUCUCUUCCAUUAGAAACAGUGUUUACAUCAAUUUGAACAAUUGUUUUCCUUUUGGAUUUUAGUUUUCUACAGUUAAAGUAUUUAAAUGGUGAUGUCAUUUUGUGCUGAAGAGAGUUUUCAGGACUGUUCCCUGCAGUGUUGGUUGUUUGUAAUAAAAGUGUCUGUUCAGAGGAGGAUGGUCUCAUGAUGUGUUUCUGACCUCACAGCUGGAAAAGAUCCAAACGUCUUAAUGCCUCUGAACCCAGAUGAUCAAGUUUCUAAUCCUCCAAGUGAGACGUCCUCCUGAACACAGUGAGUUGCUCCAUAUGUUCAAC